AUUCGAAAUAUGAGUAAUUUAUAUUUAAUGAUCUUUCAAAUAUUUAUUGGUAUUUCGUUGAUCUGUUUGGGUUCAUAUUUCGUUUCAGAAAAUGUGCUUGAGACGUUGGUUGUAAAAUUUGUACAAAAAUUUAGUUUACCGCUUAUAAAAGGUUCACCACAUUAUGAAAUAUGGUCGAAGCCUACGUCCAUCAAUUUUUCCUGUUAUCUAUUUAAUGUCACCAACCCUGAUGAAGUAAUGAGAGGAGAGAACCCACAUCUGGUUGAAUAUGGUCCUUUUACGUACACUGAAGUUCAGGAGAAGUUUAUAUCAUACAUUGACAAGGAAAUGGAUGAAAUUAAGUACACCACAAAAUCAACAUAUACUUUCGAUAGGUAUCAAAGUUUGAACUUUUCUAAACAGGAUAAAAUCAUAAUACUAAAUCCCGCAUAUAUUGGUACUAUUGAAACUCUAGCAGCGUUACCCGACGAUUUCAUGAAAAAAUAUGGUAACAGUAUCCCAAAGUUAUUUCCGAAUCGAAGUAGUAUUUUUCUAAAAGCUCGGCCCACCGACGUACUUUUCGAUGGCGUUAAAAUUACAUGCAACCCGAAAAAAUUUCCGGAAUUGCAGCUGAUAUGCGAGACUUUGAAAUUGAAGCAACCACCGGUGUUGAGAGAAGGCGAAAAAGAAAACGUUUAUUAUCUCAGUUUUUUUCAAAGGCUUAAUAACACUUCUCGUGGGCCGUUCACCGUUUCCAGAGGUGUCAAAGACAUAACAAAAUUAGGUGAUAUAACAUCUUACUUAGGGUAUCGUGUGCAAGAAGUAUUUGCUACAGAUCUUUGCAACACAGUGAGAGGAUCCGAUACAAUCACCUGGGCUCCGUUAAUGAAACCAUUACCUAAAGUGUCAACGUUUAUACAGGACAUAUGCAGAACCGUGGAAAUUGAUUACGAGAAUGAGGUUGUACUAAAUGGUAUGAUCGGAUCUCAAUUCGUGAUGCACGAAAGAGUAUGGUACUUGAACGAAUCCGAGUGUUACUGUCCAUUAGUAGACAAACAACCAGUAUGUCCAAGACGGGGUUUAAUCGACGCAUACCAGUGUCAGAAGGUGCCCGUAUUUGUGUCAGAGCCACACUUCUUACACGGUGAUCCAGAACUUUUGAAUUACGCUCGUGGUUUAACUCCUAAUGAAGUUCUUCACAAAACGUACGUCGUCAUUGAACCGUACACAGGAAUACCCCUUGCUGGGGAAAAGAAAACGCAGUUGAACUUAAAAUUGGCUAGACGACCGGUGAAUCUGCUCGCUAAUAUUAGUGAAGGAUAUUUUCCACUGCUGUGGUUCGAAAAUGGAAACAAACUAACACCGUUCGACCAAGUACUGUACCCGUAUCAAUUACUUCGGUAUUUACAUUUUAUGCGAUACCUACAAUACAUCCCUUUGAUAAUUGGAAUUUAUCUGAUCUCCAUAAGUCUACUUUUUUAUGGUGACACCUCGCGUAGGGUGCAUCCGAAUGCUACAAAUGUUCAAUCGAUAUUGAUAUCAAAUUCGCGAUUGAAUCGACCACCGCAAAGACAAGUGGUUUGGUAAAUAAUUUGAACGAUGGUA